ACUAUUGCAGCAACAGCAACAGCAACAGCAACAGCAGGCAGAGGUGGAGAGCAGCAGCUAGGGUUUGGAACAGGUCAUCAUCAACAACCACCAGCACCGAUGAAAGGCGGACCUAGAAGAAAGACCGAUCAACCACAACUGCAUCGUGUUCGCAGCGACGUCGUUUCGUCCGAGUCUGAACAGAACCGUGAGCAGCAGAUGAAUGACGCCAUCGAUCAUCGGUAUGAGGACGAAGAAGAAGAAGAUGAUGAUGAUGACGAUGAUGAUGAAUAUGAUGAAGAUUAUGAAGAUCAGUUUAAUGAAAAUGAAGAUGAUGAUGAACAAGGAGGAAGACCUAAGUUAGCUGAAGGUUAUUACGAGAUUGAGACCGUUCGCAAGAAAAGAAGCCGCAAGGGGCAAGUCCAGUAUCUUAUUAAAUGGCGUGGAUGGCCAGAGACAUCCAACACGUGGGAGCCAGUCGAGAAUUUAAUCUCUUGUUCGGAUAUUAUUGACGCAUUUGAAGAAAGAAUGAAGUCCACGAAACAAAAAUCGAGCAAGAAACAUAAACGCAAGAGUGGGGUUGCCCUUCAACCACCACCAGCAAAGAAGAAGAAGCAGCAGCCACAACAACAGCAGCAACAGCCACCUGGUUCUCCACCUGCUAACUAUGAUGUACCCGCUAUCAAGCUUAGACUCCUUGACGAACCUUUGUCACGUUCAUCUGGCAAUGAUCCCAGCUGUAGUAAAUGGACAGAAAGCAGUGCUAGAGGCGUGAGGAAUGUUAGAAAGGCCAAACAUGUGAAUGAAAAUGGAUCAUUAUCGGUCUCUAGGCAGAUCGAUGAUAUGAACGAGGCAAAUGAAUUGAAUGUGACGCUAAGUGAACUGAAAGGUACAGCUUCAACAGAUAAGGAAAACACAUAUAAACCUGAUGUACAUAUUCAAGAGGAUCAACCGGGUGGAGUUGGUCCUUCAAAUGGGAUCUCAAAUGUGAAUGGACAAAAUUCUGUUUGGGUUAGUCGCAAUUGUGGAUCUAAGAGGAGGAAAUCUAGUUCUGUCAAGCGGUUCACGCAAGAUACGAACCCUGUCUUCACUAAUGAUGUGCAUGAUGCAAUAGAAAAAAUAGCCAGUGCAAAUGUUGGUGUUGUUGAACGUGGGAUUCAAAAAUUGGACCAAGUUGGAAAUUAUGUUGGUUCAGUGAAUGUGGUAGAUACUACUAGAAGCAUGUAUGCCAUUACCAAGAUCAUCAAGCCAAUUGAAUAUUCCAUUUCCAAACUCAAUGAUAUGCAAGAAAUUUUGGUCACCUUUUUGGUCUUGAGGUCAGAUGGAAAAGAAGUAAUGGUGGAUAAUAGAUACCUCAAGGCAAACUACCCUUACCUGUUGAUCAACUUCUAUGAGCAACACAUUCAGUAUGCAAAUCCCCCUGAAUGAGUUUUGGUUAUGGUGUAACAGUGAAUCAGAAGCUGGUCUUCAUUUUUCUCUAGGAUGCAGCCUGUCUUCCUUAGGAUGGUUGGUGCAAAACAGUAAAUAUUGGAUAUGUAUUUAUACGAUGGUAGUGCUUUUUUCUUAUGCGUCCUACUUUAAGAACUAUGAUAUGAUUAUUGUAGGUGGUCAGACUUGUAACAUGGCAGUAGUUGUACAUCUCUGUAUCUGUGCAUGUAUUUUUCAACCAAAGACCUUUCCAGGCUUUGUGUGAUUUGUUUGUUUCCUUCCAUUAAUUGGAUCUAAAGGGAUUUUGUAA